UUCCUGUCCUCAACUUUCUUUCCUUACUACUUUUUCUGUGCAAGCCAUUUUCUUUUUAUUCAACCACUCUUUUAUUAUAAGUAUAUGCAUAUUUCCACACCACCACUAGCCUCCACAACACAGCACAAACAUAUCUCUUUACGCUUCCUGCCAUGCCUAAUAUCUUGCUGUGAAAACGUGCCCAAAAAAAAACUAUUUUUCACCCUUCCAACCUUCAACUUCCAGCUAAUAUCAUCAUAUCAGCAUGCCUCGUUACUGAAGAGAUUUAAGGGGGAAAAAAAGCUCAGUUUUUUUCAUCACUUUUUGAAGGUUUGCCUUUGUUCGACGUAUUGGUGCUCAGAUUAUGGCUAUUCAAACGCAGUGGUAUCCCAAUAAUUCUGCUUCUCCAUUCUGGAACAAUGGUCAUUGUGCUCCUGCCUUUAUCGAUUCCGGCAUCAGUUUUCAGCACAAGCAUCAGCAACAGCUGCCGGAACAGCAUUUGGGAGAGUUAUGCAAUGGGAGUCAGGGAGGAACCUUUGAUCCAAAUCUUCAUGUCUGUAGUUCAAAAGGGAUGAAUUCCCCUACGUUUGCUGUUCAGUUUCAGAAACAAUGGGAAGAGAUUGAUCAGUAUAUGAAAUCUGAGGAUGAGAAAUUGAGAUAUAUGAUAAAAGAACACGGGAAACAACAGGUGAUGGCAUUGUUGAAAAAACUGGAAACUCGUACGCUUCAUGUCCUCAGGGAAAAAGAUGUAGAAAUUGCACAAGCCAUGAAGAGAAGGUUAGAGUUAGAAGAGUAUUUGAGGAAGUUAGAGGCGGAAAACAACAGAUGGCAGAGGUUGGCUCAGGAGAAGGAAAACAUGGCAUUGUCUCUAUACAAAACGCUGGAGGAAAUGACAGAAGGUGGAAACUUUUUGAACAAUGGGGCAGUGGCAAAUGAUGCAGUGUCUUGCUGUGGCGAGACUGGAGGAACAGAAGAGAGGGAAGAAGAAGGAACUGCAGAAAAAGGUUUAGAAUGUGGAGGGGUGAAUGAAGUUGAACAGAUUACGAGAAAAGGAGGAGUAAUGCUUUGUAAAAGCUGCCAUUCUAGGAGCUCGUGCUUUCUGUUCCUCCCAUGCAGGCACCUUUCUUCCUGCAAAGUUUGCAACGCUUCCCUCGAGGCUUGCCCCGUCUGCAGAACACCAAAGAAGGCUACCAUUGAGUUGAGACUUUGAUUUUCUAGGCUCUGAUACGAGUACAGACUUUGAUUUUCUAGGCUGAUAUUCCCGGAAAAAAGUAAAUACAACACAUAGAUUGCUUAGCUAUAUGAUGAAUCAUGGAUCUGCCAAGAUACAUGGACAUUACUCAUUUUCAGUGAGUUCAAUGUUUCAAGACUCAAAACUUUAACCAUAGUUCAAUCCAUGUCUUUAAUAUUCAAAUGUCUGGUUUAUUUCCUUAGGAUCUUUAUGUGUUUAGAUCUAAUUUGUAGAAGACCAACACAAGAGAAUUUGCCGAAUACAACAAAAUGUUCACAUUUGUGCAAUAUUUUAGUCUACCAUUAAAUCAAUCAGUCAUUUUUGUUUUUCCUA